GUCUCUCUUCAGUUCAUGCAAAAGGGUUUGGAUUCACAAACUAAAAAACAACUAGAAGAGGAAGAAAAGAGGAUGAUUAAUGAAGAACACUGGUAUCUUGAUUUACCAGAUCUAAAGGAGAAACAGAGCUUUAUAGUAGAAGAGAGGAGCUUUAUGCCAUGUGAGGAUCUACUUUAUGGCAGGAUGUCCUUCAAAGGAUUCAAUCCAGAAAUUGAGAAGUUAAUGAUCCAAAUGAACUCAAGGUGCAAGGAAGAAGAAAUUGAAGUGGAUGAUAAAAUGGAAGCUGAUGUGUCAGAUGAAGAAAUGGCCAGAAGAUAUGAAACAUUAGUAGGAACAAUAGGGAAGAAAUUCUUGAGAAAAAGAGACCAGCGUGUACUCCAGGACAAAGAAGAUGAAGAUGGGGAUAGUAACACAAGACCUAGCAAAAAAGCUAAGAAAAAGUUCUUAAAACCUCAGGAUUGA